CUGCGGGCGUUCUUUACGGCAGGCGUCUGCGUCUCUCCAGAGCCGGCGUCGGUGAACUGCGCGCAGGGGCUGUCAAGGGCACCGCCGUGCGCGGUAGGCGCUGCUGUGUCCGCGCCGCCAAGAGGCUUCGCAAGCAGGCCUUCUCUGUGUAGCCCUGGCUGUGCUGGAACUCACCCUGUAAACCAGGCUGGUCUCGAACUCAGUGAUCUCCCUUCUCUGAAAUUAAAGCCAUGCCCUUCCUUGAUUUGCAGAAAAAGCUGGGCAUCAGCUUAGACCGUCACCUCAUGUACCAAAGUGUUGAGCAGCCCUUCAAGAAUCCCGCUCGAUGCCACGCUUUCGAGAAAGAAUGGAUAGAGUGUGCCCAUGCCAUUGGUUCUACCCGGGCCAAAACAGAGUGCAAGAUAGAAUAUGAAGAUUUCAAAGAAUGUUAUCUUCGGCACAAAACGCUAAGGCGAAUGAAUGCCAUCAAGCAACAGCGGGAAAAGCUAAUGAAAGAGGGGAAAUAUACCCUUCCACCUUACCAUUCGGGCAAGGAAGAACCCAGGCCCUGAGCAGAGUAGCUGGAAGCUGCUUUUCAUGUUCUGUUUUCCACUGAAAAGAAUGUUUAAUAAGAGCUUCUUCCUCAAGUAUGUAAAAAUAAAGAAUUACUCAAUCUUUC